AAAGACAUUUUGGUGGCUUAAACUUAAAAAUACAUUAUCAAUACAAAAAUUAUAAAGAAUACAUUUAAUUCGUGCACAAAGAGUAUUUCAAAAAUAUACAAAAUCAUAUCUCUUCUUUCUUUUUGUUGUUGGGUUUUGACCAAACACAAACUUUAGUGCCUUCCCACGCCUCCUCUCUCAAAAAAUGGCCUAAAAAGUAAACCCCUCCAAAUGCCAUUCACUCUCUUGUUAACCAUCACCAUCUCCUUUCCCUAACAUGCGCACUACACAUCGAGAAAUGCGUAUUUCCAAAUCAUUACUUCUGUUCAUGCUAAUAUGCGCCUUCCUUCCACCAUCAUCGCCGGAUCCCAAAGAUGAAUCUUGCUUGACCCAUUUAUUUCAAUCCUUCGAUGAUCCCAACAAAAACCUCCGCAACUGGUCCAUACCCACCUUCUCCAACCCCUGUUCCGACUUCAACUCAAAUCUCGCCGGAGCUACCUGCAACAAUGGCCGUGUCUACAAGCUUUCCCUUCAAAACCUCGGUCUCCGGGGAACAAUCUCGCCGUAUAUUUCCAACUGCACAAAUUUACAAUCUUUAGACCUAUCAAACAACUCCCUCGCCGGACCUAUCCCCGUCGAACUCCAGUACCUCGUCAACCUCGCCGUACUCAACCUCUCCUCCAACCACCUCUCCGCCGCCAUCCCACCGUCUCUCGCCAUGUGCAAUUACCUCAACGUAAUCGACCUUCACGAAAACGAUCUAACAGGAACAAUCCCACCUCAACUCGGGUCCUUAGCAAGGCUAUCGGUUUUUGACGUUUCUAACAACAAGCUUUCUGGACCUAUUCCGGCGAGCCUGGGUAACCGGACGGGGAACUUGCCACGGCUAAACGCGAGCUCCUUCUCCGGUAACAAGGAUCUUUAUGGGUACCCAUUGGGUCCGAUGAACAGUAAAGGGUUAUCGGUGGUGGUGAUUGUCGGAAUCGGAUUGGGAAGUGGGCUUUUGAGCUUGGUUUUGAGUUUCACGGUGGUUUGUAUUUGGUUAAGAUCGGUUGAACAGAAGAGAGCUGAUGAACAAGAAGCCAAGAUUCCUCAGUUAAUGCCUGAUUAUUGAGUUUAAGUGUUUAACGAAUCAAACAUUUGAUUAAUUUGGGGAAUUGUAGUGGGUUUGUGUUAAAACUUAAAAGUAAGGUUCUUUUUGUCUAUCUUGUGCAUUCUAAUUUCUAAAGAUUGUGAUUAGGUUUUCUGGAAAA